UAUUAGUGACCGGUUAACAUUGCACAUCUGUUACUGCAUUUCUUUUGCCUAUCGAUGGUACAGUUUAUGAAGUUUUGUUUGACCAAAAUAUGAACCAUAUUUCCAGGAUGGACUAUACAGCACUUAUUGACAUAUGUAUCAAAGGAUUAAAGGGAUUCGACGCUGAAACUCAGGCUGCAGAUAUCCGUUUGCAGGAUAUUUUGGACAAUAACCCACAUUUGGAUGAUUCUGAAGAAAAUUUUGUUGUUGAAGUGUUCUCAGGAUGUGUUCGGCAUCAUGCCCUGUUAGUUGUCACUGUUGAAAACUUCUAUUUAGAUGAGGGUAAGAAGAUGCUAAGAAAAGACUGCAUUCUGUACAGAAUUUUUUCAUAUCUUGCACUUUUUCGUUUGGACGAUCUUGGCUUUCAAAACUUUGAAUCGUUUGUCGCACCACAGGAUAAUCUCAAAAUGUUUUCCUUCCUGAAGUAUCUAUUUGAUUUACCGAAGUUGCAAUCUUGGUUGAAGAGUAAAUGGUGUAACAUAUAUGAUUCAAAGUUUGUUGAGGACUCAAUUCUUCCUAAUCUUCUUAACAAUAUGGACAGAGCAGAGCAACUUAUUUCAAAUCUGAAUGAUAAACUCCAGAAUAAACCACAGCCGAAAAAAGAGUCUACACAUACUCAACCAAAGCCAUUCAGUUUGACUAAAGUGAAGCCUCGGUCAGUUCCUUUACCUGAACCGGUGCCUAAAGUGAAACCAACUAACCCUAUUCCUUCUUCCACUUACAAAUCCCCUCGUGAAGAAAUGGAAUUGGCAAAGAAGAAAGAAGAGCACAGAAAAAGAUCCGAACAGAUGUUGGAUCGAGUUCGUACUUUGAGUGCUAAUCAUACCAAGACAGUUAAGUCAACUAAAACACAGGAAAGACUGAACACAAUUGUUAAAGACAGUGAGGCUCAACUCAAAUUCGAUUCGUACAAAGCCCGACCAGUCCCCAAAAAGAUCAUGGAAAACGCUGCCCCUAUUAAACUGAACGCUGCUGCUAUCAUGCGAGAAGAUGCUUUGUAUACGAAGAAAGAAGAAGAAGAAUUAAAGAAAAUAGUCGGAGUUUUAUCUGGAGAAGGAACCGACGAUGAUUUCCAAACGUGGAAGAAACAGAGGGACGAAGAACUCCGAAUGGAGGAGGCCGAGGAAAGAGCAAGGAAGAAGAUGAUCGGUAUGCUAUCCUAUGAAGAGGCUAUGUUGGCCAAGCAAAAACUGACGGAGAUGAACAAGCAAAAGGUUAAAAGGCUGAAGGUGGAGGCAGAUAAGAUGUUGAAAGAGUAUCUGAUAUCCCAACUUCAACUCGAGGAAGAGAUCAGAGAGAGGGUUUUGGAAAUCCAAGAUGGUCAUCAGCAGGCAAAAGACGCUCAAUUGAAGCUUCAAGAGGUCAAACGCAAAAUGGUCCAGGAGGUUCAUGCUGAGAGCAAAGCUCUGAUGCAAAUUGCCUUCGAAGAGUCUGCUCGAGAAAUGGAGCGAAAGAUGAAGAUGAUCCAAGAAAUUCGAGCCUUUGAUCGAACUCCAACUUCUACUGCCAAGUUUGUUGACUUGACCUCGACAGCCGGAUUUGGUUUUCUAUGUGAGAUGUCUAUCGCUGAAUUGCGGGAAAGGAUAGCUCUGAUAAAGGAAGAAGAAGCUAGGGAACUGGAAGAGAAAAGGGGAGAUAUUCUUGCCGAAAAAGUAUCUUACAAGAAAAUGAUCGAGCAGAAGUUAGAAGCGAUUUCACAUAACCGAGGUGUAAUCAGUCAGGAAACUGCCAAAGUCAUGGAAGAGAAGAAAAAACUCAAGUCUCCACCUCAGGUACGCUCGACGGAAAUCGAUGCUAUGCAGAAAAAAUUGGAAGAAAAACGUGCUGAACGUAUGAAGUAUCGGCAAACUCAGCAAAUGACCAUGAAUACACUUCCUGUAAAACGAUCUGUCAAUUUAGAGGCUGAAAAGCGAGCUAUGGAAGAGCGAAGGUGGAAGGAAUUGGAGCGUACGAGGGAGCGUGUCGCACAGAUGAGCACUAAAUCUGUUGGAUACAGAGACACUCUUUUGACUUGAGGUAGCUUUAAACCUGAGAGGUAUUGCUGUAAUUUGUUUUACGUGGGUGAAUUAACGAUUUUAGAUACCUUUAACAUCAUUUUGAGAGUAACUUCAAGACCACAAGCUACUAAUUUGCUGUAAAACGGACAUAAUAGAAGAAAAGAAAGCUUUAUUACAAAUAAUUCUAAAAAUCCUGUAUCGUGCCGGUGUAUGUUGAAAAUUUUAACCUGUUUAUACCUAAUGUGCAAUUAUAAUUUCACUUUCAA